AUGACUGAAUUCAUUUUUCUGGGACUUUCUCCCAACCAGGAGGUGCAGAGGGUUUGCUUUGUGAUAUUUCUGUUCUUGUACACAGCAAUUGUGCUGGGGAAUUUCCUCAUUGUGCUCACUGUCAUGACCAGCAGAAGCCUUGGUUCCCCCAUAUACUUCUUCCUCAGCUACCUCUCCUUCAUGGAGAUCUGCUACUCCUCCGCUACAGCCCCCAAACUCAUCUCAGAUCUGCUGGCUGAAAGGAAAGUCAUAUCUUGGUGGGGCUGCAUGGCGCAGCUUUUCUUCUUGCACUUCUUUGGUGGCACUGAGAUUUUCCUGCUCACUGUGAUGGCCUAUGACCACUAUGUGGCCAUCUGCAAGCCCCUCAGCUACACCACCAUCAUGAACUGGCAGGUGUGUACUGUCCUUGUAGGAAUAGCAUGGGUGGGAGGCUUCAUGCAUUCCUUUGCACAAAUCCUUCUCAUCUUCCACUUGCUCUUCUGUGGCCCCAAUGUGAUCAAUCACUAUUUCUGUGACCUAGUUCCCCUUCUCAAACUUGCCUGCUCUGACACCUUCCUCAUUGGUCUGCUGAUUGUUGCCAAUGGAGGCACCCUGUCUGUGAUCAGUUUUGGGGUCCUCUUAGCAUCCUAUAUGGUCAUCUUGCUCCAUCUGAGAACCUGGAGCUCUGAAGGGUGGUGCAAAGCCCUCUCCACCUGUGGGUCCCAUUUCGCUGUGGUUAUCUUGUUCUUUGGGCCCUGCGUCUUCAACUCUCUGAGGCCUUCUACCACUCUGCCCAUAGACAAGAUGGUGGCUGUGUUCUACACAGUAAUAACCCCGAUCCUGAACCCUGUCGUCUACUCUCUGAGAAAUGCUGAAAUGAGGAAGGCCAUGAAGAGGCUGUGGAUUAGGACACUGAGACUAAAUGAGAAAUAG